ACUAGUAUAGCAACAGCAGUGAAGAUGAGGAUGUUGCUCAGUGUGAUGGUGAUGGUGGUAGUGAUGGUGGUGGUGAAGAGUCACUUGCCUCCUGACUCCCACCUGUACGAUGAGUGUGUUGUCAAGGAGAACCCGGUAAUUACAACCUUUGAAGACUCGAUUAAGUUUUGGUUUGUAAGAACUAGUGAUGAAGACUUACAGAUAAAGUUCUUCUUAAAAGUAGAAGAUUACAUAAUGGAGUAUGGGAACCUUGCUCAGCAUGAGUGGUUACAGGCUGAGGUGAAGUUAGUAGGUGAUCCGGCGCUGUAUAUACAGGGACGGAUUCAGCAGCGGACGUACAACAGGGCACAUUUUGGUGGAAGGAUUGAAAUCCCCUCCACUUUUCUCAAGAAUUUCACCAUUCUGAACGCUGAUGUUCUACUGCAGUGCCCUCAAGGCUGGCCAAUCAGAGAGCUCUCAACCUUUGUGUGGCCUGGUGUACGAAUUCCUUCGUCUGGAAAAGAGGAGACCUUGGUUCUGACGUCAAUAUUGGACACAAAAGUGAAGUUCUCAGUAUCAGGAAACAUGAGGACUCUGUGUUGGAACACCAGCGGCUCCGGCCUGGCAGUAGUUGGCGAAGAGACGGAGAGCGACUGUGGCGAUCUGAGGGGCAAUUCACCCGUCACCCUCAAGUUUUUGUUCGAGGACCACAACGUUGAGGUCCUGGACGCCGAGGGACGCCACCUGGACAACAUCACGUACCAGGGAGCCAGGGACUUCAAGUUCCACCUGAAUGUUCCGCGUGGACCAGUGUACAUCGCCCAGUGUAUCGGCAGCUGCACCACAGGCACAGCUCCAGCUAAUGGUGAACCAGCCGACUCAACACCCUGGGAACGACUCACCCUGGCUCAUCAGCGCCACCAUCUUCUUGAUUGUCUUAACUGUCUUCGAUGCUCUCAACAUUGCCUUCUUCCUCUGCACCAUCUUCAAGAAACUCUAGAUGAGGAUUCCUUUGUGCCGAGGCGUCAGUAAAGUAGCCUGGACGCCCUGUCAUGGAGCGAGUGGAAGAGGACACAGAGAUGACUGUUCAACGUCCACAAGAUCGACAUGUUCCUCACAGCGUGAAGAUACGAGACACGAAGACAAAACAAAGGAGGAUCAGAACACACCAAUAAUUUAGAAACAAUGAAUGAAAAACCUUCAGAAUAUACUCAGCAGUGGAGAAUAAGUUACCAAAAGAAAGCACUUAACACGAUGGCUAAAUGCUAUAUUAUGUCCUAGGAUAACGUCAGAUGUGGCUAAACCCUAUGGCUAAACCCCAAAGGGUUUAGCCAGUGUAUGUCCCAUUUGGUAACACCAGUGAAUGCUUCACAUGGUAAUGCUAGUGUAUGCCCCAUGUGGUUAGGCCAGUCAAUGUCCCAUUUGGUAACACCAGUGUAUCCCCCAUAUAGUAACGUAAAUGGCCCCAUAUAGUAACGUAAAUGGCCCCAUAUAGUAACGUAAUAAACUGGCCUUACUCAUGUAGUAAAGCCAGUUUAUGCCUCGUGUGGUAACAACCCACAAACGUCCAGUAAACCAGGUCUACCGAACGAGUGAGAUUCCAAUGAACUUUAUUACGAAAACAAACUUAUUUUCUCAGUGGGAAGUUCGAGUAUUAUGAGUGUAAUUUGUUGGGAUGUUUCCCAGUGUUGGACGAGACACUGUACAGUGUAGAAAGUGUCUUGAACUGAUUAGUAAAGACAUUUAUCUUAUAUCUCCUUGUUAACUAUUGUAUUAUUAAUGCAUAUAUUAUCACUAUCACAUGUUAGUUUAGUUGGUCCACAUACAACGUGAUACAACAUACUGCAUGAUAUGGAGUGACAUAUCUAUUAGAAGUUUAUUACAUAUAUUUCGUGAUCUAUCAUUUAGUACUGAUAUGGUAAUAAUUACCUGAUAUGUUAGAUUAAGGACCUGCCCGAAACGCUAUGCGUGUUAGUGGCUUUGCAUGAAUGUAUAAAUACCAGUCUUAUAAAUCUCACUAACCCAUUGUACCUUCUUGCUCUUAUAAAUCUCACUAACCCAUUGUACCUUCUUGCUCUUAUAAAUCUCACUAACCCAUUGUACCUUCUUGCAAAUAAAAAUGAGAAUUAUUAUUAUUAUUAUCAUAAUUAUUAUUCUGGUAAUAUGCUGUGAACUGACACGUUAGCGGAGACUGUGAGAGGUCAAGGGUCAUCCUCGUAUCUACUGCGGAUGUGUCUUUGUGGCACUGUUUAUUUGUGCGAAGUUCAGGGCAGCUUGUAAGCUGUCCUUACUAAUGUGUUGUUCUCCCGAUGGAAGUCUUUCCUUAUAUCCCUGUCAGUCCUCUUAUGAAGUUCAUGUACCUUGUGGUUCCUAGAAGACAGGGAAGGAAUAUUGGUCCAGAGGACUGUGGGGUAUGGUGAGAGAGAGAGAGAGAGAGAGACAGAGAGAGAGAGAGAGAGAGAGAGAGAGAGAGACAGAGAGAGAGAGAGAGAGAGAGAGAGAGAGAGAGAGAGAGAGAGAGAGAG